AAUAUGGCCGCGCCCUGACAAAUGUCACAUUAACUUUCCUGCUCAUAACAUUUAGUAAAAAACAAAAACCUCUGUGAAAUUAACGUAACUGGGAUUAAAGCAGCGGUGUAAAUUACAUUUCUGGACUUACUCAGAGGGCACGCCAGCGGACGCCAUGGUACAUUUGUCAUCACUCCUCCUCAAGAAGUACCACGGGGGUUACGUUGUCAUUCGACUGGCUCACGCAGGGCACAAACAAGCCAACAGACCGUUUUAUCGUGUUGUGGCAGCCUACAACAAAAGAGCAAGAGAUGGUAAAUAUAUAGAGCAGCUGGGCACCUAUGACCCGCUCCCCAACAUCUACAAUGAGAAACUUGUCAGCUUCAACUUCGACCGGAUCAAGCACUGGAUUGGUUCAGGUGCACACACUACGAAACCAGUAGCUAAACUUCUAGGCUUGGCGGGAUUUUUUCCCCUGCACCCUAUGACGGUAACUGAGGCAGAGCGUCGGAAAGCGCUGAUGGACCUGACACAAACAGAAACAGCAACAGAAAUAGAAGGUUCUCCGGAGGAGGGACAGAAGCAGACUGAAAUAUGAGCGUUAAAUCUGAGGACUGUUUGUGACUGUCCACUUGAAUUCGAUUAAUUGUUAUUUGCCCCAGAGAAGUAAUUGGUCUGUUUCCUCAUGUUUUUGGGUGGACUGGCUAUAGAUAUAAUGUAAUUGUCACUGGUUUCUUUCUAU